AAAUUAAGAACAAAAAAUCAGACUAUUUGAUUUUUGCCAUAAUCCCAACAAUUUCACAAGAAAUAAGCAAAUGGAUUCCAUAUUUCUCUAUGUGCUUAGCUUCACAAUAUUCCUAAUAUUUGUAAGCAUAAUUUAUCCUCUAACCAAAACAAAAACCAUUAGUAGAAACAUUCCUCCUGGCAAAAAUGGAUGGCCAAUAAUCGGAGAAACAAUGGAUUAUGUCUCAAACAACCAGAAAUUCAUUUGGGAUCGAAUGAUAAAAUACUCCCCUGAUGUGUUCAGGACCUCAAUCAUAGGCGAAAAAGUGGCUGUUCUCUGUGGGCCUUCAGCUAACAAAUUCAUCUUCUCAAAUGAAAACAAGUUGUUCAAAUUCUGGUUGCCACCUUCAGUUGCAGCAAUUCUUUCUGUAACAAACAUCGACACAAAUUCAUUGUCAUCAAGAUUGGUGACUGAGGAGUUACACAAGUUCCUAAAGCUCGAUUCAAUGCAACAUCUUGUGCCUAUUAUGGAUUCUAAGGCAAGAGAGCAUUUAGAAUCACUUUGGGUUCCUUUUAGUGAAGUGAAAGUUCACCCUCUUGCUAAAGAGUUUACUUUCUCUCUAUCUGGUUGCUUGUUUUUGGGGUACAAUGAACCAGAACAGGUCAAGGCUAUAUCGGAACCCUUUUACGUGUUGAACGACGGUGCGGUGGCGGUGCCUAUAAAUUUACCUGGCACUCUUUACUACCAAGCUAGGAAGAGGGAGGCUGAGCUUCGAAGUAAGCUUGUUGAUGAAAUUAGACGGAGGAAAAUGAAGUUAAAUGAAGGUGGUUUCGAUCUUUUGAGUAGGGUGCUUAUGGCUUCACAACUAAAUGGGUCCAUCAUAAGUGACACUGAGGUUGCUGGAAGGAUUAUUGCUCUCUUGUUUGCCAGUUUUUUUACUACAAGCAACACAAUCACUUUUGUCAUAGACAACCUCGCUAAAUACCCACAUGUUUAUGAAAAGGUUUUGCAAGAGCAAUUGGAGAUUGCGCAAUCGAAAGAGACAGGAGAGCUACUAAAUUGGAAAGAUGUUCAGAAGAUGAAGUAUUCAUGGAGUAUGGUAUGUGAAACAAUGAGACUAGAACCACCUGCACAAGGAAGUUUUAGGGAGACCAUGACGGAUGUUACUUAUGCUGGUUUUAAGAUUCCAAAGGGAUGGAAGGUUCACUGGAAUAACCAUUCAACAAAUAUGGACCCAAAUAUAUUUCCGGAUCCAGAAAAAUUUGACCCGUCAAGGUUCGAAAGCAACAAAGUGCCACCCUUUGCAUUUGUACCUUUUGGAGCAGGGCCUAGAAUGUGUGGUGGGAAGGAGUACACCCGAAUUGAAAUACUCGUAUUUCUGCACAGUGUGGUGACUAAGUUUAAAUUCCACAAAGCCAAUCCUAAUGAAAAGGUUAUUUAUAACCCAAAUCCACACCCAGUUGAAGGUCUCCGAAUUCGGCUUAAUCCUCAUAAAAAAUAAACAUAUUACUGCAGAUAUGUUUUGUCAAACUUGAUGUAAUUUAAUUCAAGCUUAACUAAAAAUAAUGUUCUGAACUAUGUUAUCCGGACUCUGAUACCCAUGUCAGAUAGGGGUAUGCAUGUGUCUAAGUGUACGACACGACUAUUUUGAGAAAAAAAUUGCAUGAUUAUGGUCCAAAA